GACUUGACAAGUUGCCGUUAAGAAGAGAGAUGCGUAGAUCAGCGAGUGGUUCUAGAGUUUUGGAUCAUUUUCCGGCGACUUCAAGGUCUCCGCCUCGAUCUCAGAGUGUUACAGCAAUGGAAGAUGAUGUGGAGCUGCUUUUGCCUAGGUACGAUCCGAAUUCUCAAGCGGGGAAGAGAGAGAAAUCAAGAUUCAGAUUUUCAGAAAACGUCAUCCAUUUGAUUCCUCUCAUUCUUCUUCUCUGUGUCGCAAUCCUCUGGCUCUCCUCUUACUCAGCAGCGUUAAGGAGUUGAGUUCCAAAAGCAACAUGUUGUCUUGUCUCCAUGGGAACUCAUAUUCAGUUUUGGGAAAGGAAACAAUUCUUUUACCGCCGGUGAUUUUGUGCCGCAAACCAUUCGUAUUUGUAAUUUUUGGUUCUGUAGACACACAAAAGGAUCUCUCGUUUUCAUGAAAUGUAUGUUUAAUAUUUCAGUGAUAUACAUCACACAACUCAAGUAGAAAACACUGAUGGUUAUCCAUUAAUCAUUCUAUUGGUCGAAAAAAAGAUUAGUUUCAACUUAAUGCCACCUUAGGAUUAUAUGUUCCUGUGAGUUUCAGCUAGCCAACUCAACUAGAGUUAAACAAUGG